AUGUGCUCGCCGCGAGUCAGCGCGCGCCUGCUGCUGCUGGCUGCGCUGCCGGCACUCGCAGGUCGCGGAUGGUGGUGCGCCGACGGGGAGGUGGUGUCGGUGACGGCGGGCGCGGGCGCGAGCUCGGGCCCUGAGUUCCUUCCCACGGACACGACGCUGGUGGCAGCCGUCGGGCAAGACGCGGUGCUCGACUGCCGCGUCCGUAACCUCGCUGAUAAAGCCGUAUCAUGGGUGCGGUCGAGGGACCUGCAUAUCUUGUCGCACGCCGGCGCGGUGUUCACAGCGGACGCGCGCGUGUCCGUGCGGGUGUCGGGCGCGGGUGCGACCAUACACUCGCUCCGCAUCCGCCGCCUGCGCGUGUCGGACGCGGGCCGCUACGAGUGCCAGCUCAACACAGACCCUAAAAUGAGCCUCUUCUAUAACCUCACUGUCCUUGACGAGCCCGUGCCGGUGGCGGUGAUAGCCGCGGGGGCGGCGGAGUUGCACGGCGCGGUGGGCGCGGCGGUGACGCUGCGCUGCGAGGCGCGCUACGAGCCGCCGCCGCGCGCGCUGCCGCUGCCGCCGCUCGACAUACUGUGGACCAAGGACGGGGUGCCUGUAGAUCACCAGCGUGGCCACAGCGGAGUGUCGCGCGACACGGAGCGGUGGUCGUGGCGCUCGGUGUCGCGGCUGACGCUGGCCGAGCUGAUGCCCUCCGACGCGGGCGUGUAUGCCUGCGCCACUGCCACGCCUAACGCCACACCUAUCGCAGUCGCCGCGCCUGCCGCUGUCGACUACGUGCACCUUUAUGUCGACGCUGAGAGUCAGAUGGAAGCUAUGCAACGUGACCAGUCUGUCGACAACGGCGGUGCACGCGCGCGCACAAGUUGUGCGGCGAUCAAACGAUACCUCCUCCUCUUAUUACUAUACAAGCUCCUGGGAAAGUGA